UAUAUAGUUUGAAUCUCUAUGAAGGCGCAGGGGAGACACUGUCUGCUUCUGAAACUUGCUUACGCUUUUAUGUUGUCGAUCCUCUUUUACAAGCGUGCAAUAGAUAUCUGGAGCAACAAGGACACAAAGUCCUAUUUUUCCCGGGCGAAAUAGAACUGACAGCAAUGACCAAGCAACUGCGUUCACAAAGAAUCGUGGACGGACGCCUGAAGUACAACGCCGACGGAAAGAUCCAGUUACGAGACAAUGGACUUGAGUUACUGCUGUCGGAAGUUUCAUCGUUGGUUUAUUGGCGAUGCUUCGCACCAUUGCUGCCCAUUAUCAAUAUGCUGAAUUUGCGAGAUUCAACAAUUUCAAAGUACACUUCAACCAUACACACAAUCGUACCAUUCGCCACUGGACAAUGUUUACUCCUGCACCUGGCUUAUAUGAGAUGAACAAGGAACAAAACAAAGUCGAUAUUGUCGCAGAUUUUGAGCAAAAGGAGAUAGCAAUUGUCCCGCUUAUUAAUUUUACGAAUACAUUGGCGGUUUCUUUGGUGGACACCGUGGACGUGCUGUCCACGCUUGCAGAAGAACAUGAUGAAGUCAUAAAGGAAAUCAAAUUUGACACUCAGAGGAGCCGACCAUCCUUGCUGCAACACAUCCAACCGGUGAUUGUACGCCUCAAUGAAAACAAACGCACAUCUGACAUCGCCGAUGAUGGCCCGAAGAACCCGUUCUAUAUCCCUAAGCAUUAAUCCCCUCGUAUGUAUGCAUUUAUGUUGCUUGUCACUCGUCGGCUUUCCUAAACGCUCAAAUGAUUUGUUGAGUACCUUCAUCUCUUUACUGAUUAUCCCCGUU